CUUUAACUGUCUAUGCUUGCUCUACACUGAAACGAAACGCCAUCUUGAAUAUAAAGGGGAUUUAAAGCAGGAGAAAACCGAAAAAGGGGGCAUUGGCUGAGAUAAACUGUUAUUUUUGUCUGUGUCUAAAUCUUCCCGGGUUUCCCUUGAACAGUUCUAGUUAUGUCUUUGGGCGUUUACAACGAAAUAAAGGCGCAUACGUGAGGAAAUCAGCAAGGCACUUGUUAGCCUCUACCCAGCUAGCUAGCAAGGGGAGGACUGGGGACUUGAGGCUUAUUUUUUCCGCAGCCGAAGUUGUUUAUGUUAUUCCAAAUGGACAUGUCCUCUUCAAACCCAGAGUUACCAGACCCAAAUCUCGGUAUGGGUGCAAGUGGGACCCAAGGAAGUGGCAGUGCUGUUGUACCAAAACGGACCAAUAAAAGAGCUGCGACAGACUUGGAUGACGACGAUGAUGAUGAUGAAGGAAACAAGUUGUUCAGGUGUGACGAUGAAACAGGAGGCGGGAAUGACAAAGAGCGCUUUGCCAGGUUUUUGGAAGAAGAUCAGAGUUGUGCAGAUAAGGAAAAACAAGCCAGGGAGAAUCACAGUGAGAUUGAAAGGCGGAGACGGAACAAGAUGACUGCCUACAUCACAGAAUUGUCAGACAUGGUUCCCACCUGCAGUGCACUAGCCCGGAAACCAGACAAACUAACCAUCCUGCGAAUGGCCGUGUCCCAUAUGAAGUCUCUGAGAGGAAGUGGCAAUACCAACUCGGAUGGGUCGUACAAACCUUCCUUUCUCACUGACCAGGAACUGAAGCACCUCAUCCUGGAAGCAGCUGACGGCUUCCUGUUCGUGGUGUCAUGUGAGACUGGCCGCAUUGUUUACGUCUCUGACUCCCUGACACCCGUCCUCAACCAGGCGCAGUCUGAAUGGCUCGGCUCCUCCCUUUAUGAUCAGCUGCACCCAGAUGACACCGAAAAGCUAAGAGAGCAGCUCUCUACUGCAGAGAAUAACAACACUGGGAGGAUGUUGGAUUUGAAGACGGGAACAGUGAAAAAGGAAGGCCAGCAGUCGUCAGCCAGAAUGAGUAUGGGAGCCCGUCGAUCGUUUAUUUGCAGAAUGAGGUGUGGCACUUGUCCUGUGGAACCGUUGUCAAUGAACAGACUGAACUUCCUUAGGAAUAGAAACAGGAAUGGUUUGGGUACAGCCAAGGAAGGGGAACCCCAGUAUGUUGUGGUCCACUGUACAGGAUACAUCAAGUCCUGGCCCCCUUCAGGAGUAUCUUUAACAGACGAUGAAUCAGAAAACACUCGGGGGAAUCGCUACUGUCUGGUUGCAAUUGGGAGAUUACAGGUGACUUGUUGCCCAGGUGACACAGACAUUAACAGUAUCAGUGUUCCAGUGGAGUUCAUCUCGCGCCAUAACUGCCAGGGCAUGUUCACCUUCGUAGACCACCGUUGCAUGACCGCUGUCGACUACCAGCCCCAGGAAUUAUUGGGGAAAUAUAUUCUCGAGUUUGCCCACCCUGAAGACCAGGGCUUACUGAGAGACAGCUUCCAACAGGUGGUGAAGCUGAAGGGGCAGGUUCUGUCAGUGAUGUUUCGGUUUCGCUCCAAAUCGAGAGAAUGGAUCUGGAUGAGAACCAGCUCCUUCACCUUCCAGAACCCGUUCUCAGAGGACAUUGAGUAUAUCAUCUGUACCAAUGUCAAUGUCAAUAGAAACUCGACUCAGGACCCCCUCACUCCCAUCUCCUCCCCAGGGGGUUUGCUGCCCCCCUCCCUGGGUCAGAGCAGCCCAAUCUACCCUGCUGUAAUGCUCAGCCCUGGACAGGUGGCCGCCAGGCAGUUACAGCAGCAGCAGCAGCAGGCCGAGCUUGAGGGAAGUGGAGCCAGAGAAGGUCUAUAUGAGGCAGGACCAAUCACCCACUCACAGUUUGGUGGUCCCCAGAUGUCGGUGCAGCCAGUGACAGCGACAGUGCCAGACCACAGCAAGAGCCUUGAGAAGCAAGAGCUCUACCCCUCUCUUUUCCAGGGCCCAGAUCAGACCAAGGGCCUGCCCUCCACCUCCAUUGCCACCACACAGAUCUACCCUCCAGCCAGUAACUUCCCUGCUGGUCGUUCAAAUGAUGCAUACAGGCCGGUCAACAUGACUGCACAGAUGGCACAGCCAGCCCACUCAGCAGGGCAGAUGCUUGCUCAGAUGUCUCGUCAGAAUGGAGCCCCCCAGUCAGUUCCCCCCUCUAGUACUGGCACCCCCCUCCAUGGAGGACCAGCAGGAGGUUGGCCUGGUGCUGCAGCUGGAGUUAGACCACAGUUUAAUAACCAGCAGGUGGCUCCCCAGGCAGCAAAGACCAUGUCUCCACAGUUUGCUUCCAUGGGGGGAUUUGGCGGUGGUUCUUCCAACUCCUUUGGCCAGAUGCCUACGGGUGCUGCUCCCACCCCAACCAACAACACAAACUACCCACCCAUUAAUGCACGUGCCAGCCUCAACACCAAUGGUUAUGAUGGCUCUCAGACUGGGGCACAGUUCCCCUCUCGAGCAGCGGAGGCAGUGUGGCCCCAGUGGCAAAGCCAGCAGCACUCACAGAGUAAUGCAGAGCAGCAUCCUCAUGCUCAGGGCAACCAGCAAGACAUGUUUCCUGAUGUGUUGUCUAUGCUGGACCAGCCCGCCAACUUUAACGGCAAUGACUUUGAGCUUCCCAUCUACCCUUCGUUCGACCAGUGACCUGGUCAAUACUUCUCAGCUGGUCUACCCCUUUGUCUUGAGUGUUUUUGCCCUCACUCUCUUAUUCAAUAUAGCUCUUCUGCUCCUCUUUGCUUCCUGCUCCUGAGAAUAGCACUCUUCCCUUGCUUUGCAUGGCUUAAAUUGCACUGCCACAAGCCAGUUAAAGUUGGAGGGAUAUAUCUGACUCCAGAUAUAAAGGGGAAGAAAAUCAAGGAUUGCUACUGACUUACAGAAAAUUAUUUAAUAUUCAAGCCAUUGUAAGAGACUUCUCUAACUAGACCUGCCAAAAGGUGUGUGUGUGUGUGUGUGUGUGUGUGUGUGUGUGUGUGUGUGUGUGUGUGUGUGUGUGUGUGUGUGUGUGUGUGUGUGUGUGUGUGUGUGUGUGUGUGUGUGUGUGUGUGUGUGUGUGUGUGUGUGUGUGUGUGUGUGUGUGUGUGUGUGUGUGUGUGUGUGUGUGUGUGUGUGUGUGUGUGUGUGUGUGUGUGUGUGUGUGUGUGUGUGUGUGUGUGUGUGCGCGCGUGCGCAUUCACACCAAGGCCUUUAAUGGAAAGUGUAUUUUGCUGUUUACCCUUUUAGCAUGUAGACUAAUCACUCCAAUGGUUGAUUUAAACUCUCAGGAAAUUGCAGGGAUAUACAGCUUUGAUGAUUUCAUUUUUUAUUCUCAGCUGUUGCACGCAAACCACCGCUGUCUGUGCUAACCUCACUCACAGUUUUAAAUCCCCAAGAUGUCUCUGCAUGUUAGCAUCGCUUUCACAAUGUGUAGAUUUCUACUUACUGAAUACAGCUGUCUAUGUACAUUGAUGGCUUCACUUAUACAUAUAAUUAUGUUGUGUCCUCUUAAGGAUCAUAUGAGGUUUUUUCUUCAUUGAAUGAUGUCCUUUAGCAACAACGGACUUACAAUGGCUACAUAGUGUUUGUCUUUGUGGCCAUUUUAAAUGUAUACAAUCUAUUUUUCUUUGCCUACAUAAACAUACAUGUACAGUAUGCAUGUGUGUACGUAUGUAAAAUGGAUGCAUACAGUAUCAUUAUCAGCUGUAACACAGUCGCAGGGUUUCUGCCUUGCUUGAUAUUCUUUUUUCUGUCGGCCCACAUUACCCUGUACCAAGUAUGGGCUUUUUGUACUCCUUUUGUAAAAGAUAUUAUACAGCAAUAAUUAACAAGCAGGAAUUGUGUACUUUUUUUAAAAGCCAUUCUUUAUUUGUUGUCAUAAAUGUUUUCCUUGAUUAAUUUUGUUUUGAAAUGGAGAGGUGUGAUAGAAAUAUUUGAUUAAUUGAAGGGUUUCCCAAGUAUUUGAUUAUUUGUGAAACUUUUGAUGAUCUCUUGAGCUCUACAUUGCCCCAUUCUGUAUUUAAUUAAUGGUUAGAUCAGGGUAUUCAGGAUUAAAAUGGAAUAAACAGAUCUUAAAACAAUAUGAUCUACAAGCGAGAAUGCCCUAAAAAAAGAGAGCCCCCUCGUUUGUGAAAACAUUUAGGUCUUUGCCAACAAGGUCCAACCACCUGUGUUAUACAAUCAUUUUUGACAAGUUUGUAUUGUAGAGGAAUGUUGUGUAAUAAAAGAUGUUUCUCAAAUAUUUAGAUUUUUAAUAUGUGGAAUUAGUUUUAAAAUUUGACCCUUUUUAUUACAGAUCUUUAUUGUGUGAAACACUCACACACUUAUGACAAAUAAUGUAAUUAUAUGUAAACCAAUGUUGAUAAUUGUCCAUCUUCAAGAAGAUGGUAUGUUGGUUACUAUGUUGUCUUUAUUGGUUGCUCUGUAUCCAGGUUGUUUUUCUUAUAGAAACACAAAUAUAUACUGUAUAUGAAAUGUUAAACCAGAGAAAGAAAUGUUUGGUUUUUCUAUUAAAUUGUUGAAAGU